AACCGGGUUUCGAUAAAAUCUUUAAAUUUUUUCACUCGUCGGAAGUGAUGCAAUUUUCGGUACCACGAGCAUCCAAUUUUUCUCGAAGGUCCAAAAAUUUUGAUAUUCGCGAAUCUCUGAAGUUUUGUAGCAAAAAUAACUUUUUAAUGACGUUUCAAUUUGUAAAAAUUCUUCGAAAAUUCGUUAAAUAAAAAAAAAAUGAAAAAAUUGUUUAAUUUUGGAUAUUUGAAAAAUUUUGAUCAUCCGAAUAUCACGUGUUUACUGAUGCUGAUACUGAAAAAGAUGGAGCACAAGCUGAAGAAUUGAAAAUGAACCAAGGACACUCGAACACGUUCUAAUAAUGCACGCCGAGUCCGAGGCUCUUUUAUCUUUUUUUCCCUUAUGAGGAAGAAAAGGGUAAUUAUUACAGGCGUUUACUUUCCUCCUCUAGGGAGUUCCUGAAAAAAGGGGGUAAAGGGAAAAAACGCUCGGUCUCGUUUCGAGCAUAAUGCGAAUGGACGCAUCCCUGAAUACGCAACAUCUACAAACAUACGUUUCUAUUUUUAACGCUUCAAAGAACUUUCACAGCUUGUCAAUGGGCCGGGCUCGCGUUAGAUUGCCCUACAUCCCCUCUGCCUGGCCCUCGAGACUUUUCAAUGCCACAUUUUUUCACAAUUCUAACCUUUUCCCAAAAAUGUGACAAACCAAAAUUACUCGAAUUCGGAAUCAAUUUUACGAGCUACGGAAAACCCAAUUUUCUUCCUGAAUUUUUCGAGUUUUUUGUCUUCAAACAGUGUUGAAUCAGUUUUUUUUCAAUUAAAACGAAAUACAUUGGCAACAAAUUCGAUGAAUUCAUCCAAAAUCAUUUGACUGUAGAUCAAAGAGACUCGCGAAUUACGAAACUUUCUUCUUUGUGAUCAGCAACCUAACCUCAAAAAUCGUUUUCUAACUUUCCUGUCAACAUCGAAAUCGUUUGAUCGACGAAGAAAAUUCCUUAAAAAAUGUACGCAAAAAUUGGAAAUUUGUGCUCGCUGAUCGAUCAAUGAAAAUCUGGAAUUGAAUUAAUAAUAUAUUCAUGAUUUUUUUUCAAUCAGCCGAUCGAUCGUCGACGAUAUGAAUUUUGUAAUUCGUGGUUAAAAAACGAAAGAAUUUGCUUACAGUACUUUUCUCGUUUUUUUUUUCGUUUUAUUUAAAAAAAAAUGAAUGAAAUAUUUAACGUUGAUUGAAAAAGUGCAGUGAAUGACCAACAAUGUGGGAUUUUUCGAGGAGGAAAAGAAGGGGCGACGAAGUUUGAUGUUUGCGUCCAACAUAUCUUGGAAGUCGAGCAGCGUGUGAAUCUUGAGCGGAGUUUGCGCGUCUCGAAAUUAUAAAAGCUCCGAUGUAACGUGAAAUUGUGGUGGGGUAAGAAAAAAAACACACGACAGGGAUGUCAGAGCUAAGAGAGAUGAGAGAGAUCGGGGAUGUGCGUGUGUGGAGGACUCGCGGAAGACAACGCGAGAUUCGUCCUUCUUGCUGUUGUUCUCGCUGCCUAUAUGGUCGCCGGAGCAGCGCUUUUUCAAAAGCUCGAAUCCGAUCUUGAAGUUAAGCAGGCAGCUGAAUUUUGGCGUGUUUAUCACACUUUUCGACGACAUCAUUUGGGCAACGGUCCCCAAGCUCUGCAACGUCUUCACGACCUGCUUUACGCCUAUGGGAACGCUUCGUCGACUGGGAUAAUAAACAAACGACGACGCUGGGAUUUCUCCGGAAGUUUUCACUUCGUUGGGACGAUUGUUUCAACGAUCGGAUACGGAAGUACGGCUCCGCAGACAACUGCUGGACGAGCUGCAGUCAUUCUUUACGGUUUUCUGGGCUGUUCUGGAGGAAUUUUGUUUUUCAACCUCUUCCUCGAGCGUAUAAUAACGUUUCUCGCAUGGAUAUUGCGGAGCCUUCAUCUUCGACGUUUGAAGAAACGUUUGCGAAAAACGACCCUGGCCUCUCGUCGGCUUCCGCGCCCGGGAUCGAACGCGAGAACAACACUGCCCGAUAUUCUCGACGACGACGACGACGAGUGCGGCCUCGAGCACUGGAAACCAAGCGUCUAUUGGGUCAUGCUUUAUCUGUCGUUGGCAUCCUGCGGAAUCGCAUGCUGUGCCGCUGCCCUUUACGCACCGCUCGAAGGCUGGAGCUACUUCGAUGCCCUUUACUUUUGUUUCGUCAGCUUCGCCACCAUCGGUUUCGGCGAUUUUGUCAGCACGCAACAACCCAAUUAUCCAUACGUUCAUUUAUAUAGAUUCGCAAAUUUUCUAUUCCUCGUGGUCGGCUGUUGCUGCAUAUAUUCGUUGUUGAAUGUGACCUCGAUCGUGAUAAAGCAGGCGUUGAAUUAUGUGAUACGAAAGCUGCAGUGCGAAGGUCGUGGCUUGGCAGCGCCGCAUUUGCCGCGUCGAAAAUCAUCGAUAUCGACGAUUUAUUAUCCAAGAAGAAGGCCGACGCGAGUGGGGCCGCGUGAUUCGCUGAAAUCCUCGGAGCCGAGUGUGAUCGAUACGCCGAGGCGAAUGUCCGGCGAGUUAAUCUCCAUGAGAGAUUUCUUGUCCUCGAACAAGGUCGAGCUCGCGGUUAUGCAGAAACAUCUUUACGAAGCUGCCCAAAUGCAAAAAGGUUGCGGAUCAUCGACCUCGACCACUCCGAACCAUCAGCCGAGCUUUCGUCCUGGUGCCGUCGGUCCUCUGGCCAUCGCGAGCGAGAAAUUUGAAAACAGAAACAACGUUAAUAGAUGAACACAAAUAACAAACAGAGUGAUCACUAAAAAUUAUUCACAAAUGUCGAGAAAACGAAGAAAAACGGUUUUGUUUGGCUCCUGUCAGCCGAAAAAAUCAUAUUUGAAUAGAAAAGUUAUCGAACAUUUUUUAAAAUCCCUAGAAAAUUAUUAUUUUGAGCUCCAAUAAAAAUAAAAUUCAAUUUUUUUGUUCUCCAGCUAGCGAAACAAGACGACGCACGAAUGUCUGUAAGAAUUCCAGUAAUUAUAAGUCGAAAUAAUUGUUCAAAUAUUUUUCGAAUCGUUCGUAGGUUUGAAAAUAUUUUUUAAAAUCUCAUUACUGUCGGACAACUUUAUUUUAAGACUUGUUACAGUAUUUAAUCACUGACUUUACCCCAACGACAUUCACAAACAUACAGCUGGUUGUCUUCGCAUAUUUCCCAUAGUGUGUAUUAUGCACGUGUAUAUAAUGAUGAGCGUUAAAUAAAAUUGAGCCUGUUUCUACAACA